UCGCCAUGGAGAGGACACAAUGGCCCCAGCAUGAGCCUGGCCCGGAGCAUGUGCAGGAGACAUUCAGGGGCCGCUCCCUUGUGUAUUGGUACCUUGUCAUCGGCCACAAGGUCGACAAUAAGGGGGUGAUGAUGCUGCGUUGCACGUUUUGCAAGAAAACAUUCCAGGGGACUCAGUACCAGGCCACAAGGCAUUUCGUCCAGAUGAACUACUGCAAGGACGUCAACGACGAGGCAUUGUACGAGAUCGCACGAUGGACUCAACAGAAGUUCGAGUCCGAUCAAAUGGAGAGGGUUGGCAGGUACGCAGGGGAGCAUGGACUUGAUAUGCCCCGGGUCAGUGGUGCAAGGGAAGGAGAGGGUGGGCAGCGUCCGAUGGAGGGAGGGGGCAGGGGAGAUGGUAGGCAGGGUGCGCCCGACCGCCCAUUGGGGGGUGGAGGUGGUGACACGGAGGAGGACGUGAUGCACGUCGAUCGUGAGGCGCGUGGCCCGUGCGAGGAGGGAGUCUCGGGACACGAGGACGUGUCAGAGUUUCAUUCAGCCACUGGAGAGAGGAUGGACUGGCUGCGGCAAGCAGGCAAGGGACAUGUGUCUGCAACGGAGGGUACGAGUGGAGAGGAUCCUUCAAAGAGGAAGGAAGGAGGAACUGAUCCGGAUGCCACCCAAGCUGGAAAAAGGCUUCGCCAGCAGAAGGUGAUUGAGGUCUAUGGUGGCACGUCGGUUGCUCGCCACAAGAAAGUCUUCCUUUGCUGGCUUUAUUCCAGCGGGGUCUCCUUCAAUGUGUUCCUCAACCAGGCAUGGAAGGCAUAUCAACAUGUGCUUCUUGAGCAGCCUGGCAGUUCCCCGUGCGUUGUGCUCCCCAGCCAGAGCGAGAUUGUGAGUAUGUGGGCGGUGGAGACCCACCAUGCGGAGUUGGCGGAGGAGUUGGAGGAGGUGAGGGAGCCAUUCUGGGUGACUGAUGCUUUCAUCCUUUCUGACGGGAGGCAAUCACGAGACGAAAGACUGAUUGUGAAUUUCCUUGCCGCAUGCUCGCCAGGGGUGGUCAUGUACAUGACGAUCAAUCAAGAGGCGAGUCGGACGAUGCAGAGCACGUCCUUCGGAGAUAGGUUACCAUCUUCCACGAAUUCAGGUUCGUUGGGCCGCAUUGGGCCAAUGCGAUAUGCACUGACUCCGCUUCUGCGUACGUGAGGGUUGCAAGGGCAAUGGCCUCGCCGACCAUGCCUCUUGCACUGAGGAGGAUCACUUGGCUCCCGUGCUCCGUCCAUGUCUGCAACAAAUCGUUGUCAGACAC